UGAAUGUAACUGACGAAGCUCAUUCAGCUUCUUGUGAACUUGGGUGUCGGGACACGCUAAGGCUGCGGUUUCUCUUCAAUCUCUGGACGUUUCGUAAGUGAUGGAACUAUUGAAGCUGACAGUCCCUGCAUAGAAUGUCUUUACUGAAACAAUAUGCAGCAGCCUGAGAAUGUUCUUGAAAAAGCAGAGGGAUUUGAAACAGAAUUAGAGUGGACAGACUUCACAUGGCAGAAACAGAGUGGUGGACUGGCAGGUCAUUCCAGUGCCGAAACCCAGACUGGUCCAGUUCACACAGAAGACAAGGAAACUCAAACCAGCUCUCCUAUAAUACAGAGAUUACUGGAUCAAGAUGGGGCUGUCAAACCUUAUUCCCAGUUCGACAGACAAGCCCCUGCCAGGAUUUCCACUUCCCCUACUUUAAGAAGAAUGAGAAAAAGCAUAAGGCGCCCACAACUGCAACUGGACUUGUGGGAACAUGAGAGGCAGAGCAACAUACCAACUGACACAGCUAAUGUUAGCAUCUCCCAGACAAACCUCCAUGUUCCUGGGACUCGUACAUCAUGUGUAACCAACCAACAGUCUCCUCUGGCCAGAGAUGCUUCUUCCCCUGUGAACUGCAGUGUGGAUUCAGCACAGGACUGUCUAGAAGGAAUAUCACCACCCCAAGAAAAGCAAGCUGGGGAUUUUAAUAAUAAACUAGACAAUGACCUUAUUUAUAGCAGACCAAAAUCUCAUUCUGCAAGAGAAAUAAGCAGUGGAACAUUUCCCUCAUCAAAUGAUUGCCAUCAGGUGACAGAAUCAACCCAGGACAGAAUGCAGGAACGGCGACGCAGCUCUGUUGUGGUGAGUUUGCCUGGACUCGAUGUAUCUCCUGGGGACUUGUUUGUCUCAGAUGGGGUAGCAGACUAUCUGAGCCGUUCAACUUUAUCAGAUACCAAGAAAUCCAAAUGGCCUUUUUUGAAACGAGGGACAAGUAAAGACAAGAUUAAGUUAUUGUCAGACGUGGAGAAGUGUCUUUCAUCUAUACAGAUCCAGGAUUGGAGACUCUGCGAUUUUCAAAAGUACAAGGAUAAAACCCUGGCUGAGUUUUUGGCGGUUCGGCACCCCGAUGUUGAGCUGCAGAACUGCCAACAUGGUUAUAAGAGAGAGGAAGCGGUGUGGGAGCUUUUUACCAGCGAAUGCGUUUACUUUCUCGACCAGCUGAUGGUGCUUAAAGAGGUUUUCCUGAGCACCCUAAAUAGCCUGCAAAGCAGUGACUGCCUUCUUGAUGUUGACGUGUGGAGACUUUUUGCAAAUCUGAACGAGUUGUGUCUGGUGAGCUUCAGUUUCCUGACCAGCCUUUUAAAGGGAAUCAAUGACUCCUGGGCAAACGUAGACAAAAGUAUGACGUCUUUGGAGACAUUACUAACCAAGCAUUUCAAAGAAAGUGUUUGUCACUGUCAGCAGAAAUACUGCCUCAACUACUCCUCUGCUGUCUUUUACCUCGACAGUCUGAAGCAAAGAGAAGAUUUUGGGAUGUAUCUGAAAUGGUGCGAGCGGAAUGAGCAGUGCAAGCGAUUACACUUGUCUGACAUGCUGGUGGCGCCAAUGCAGAGGUUCACCCGCUACCCUUUACUUCUCAAGAACAUUUUGAAAAGAAGCACCAGUGAAGAAGAGAAGAUUGCACUCCAGUCUAUCAUCAAACUAGUUGAGGGUUCCAUACAAGACCUUGAAGGUAAAGUGAAGUGGCUCCACAACUUUCAGACAGUCCAGCAACUGCAAGAGAUGAUUGUCUGGCCUCCGGUUUGGGAACGGGAUAAAAGGGCCUUUAUCCCUGAGAAUUUGAAGCAUGUGUUGAAACAAACCAGUCUGGAAAACCUCAUAUCUUCAAACCAACAUCUUUUACAUGAAGGAAGAUUGAAUCUGACAGGAAGUACAAAGCUCCAAGAGGUAUAUGUGUUCCUGUUUGAUGAUUUUCUGUUGAUUACCAAGAAUAAACGCAGUAAAAAGAAAUCUGUGAGCUCUGAACAAGCUACUUUGUGUCCACCAGUAAAUCAAGAACUACAGACAAUGCUCAAAGAUGGUGGCACUUUCCAUGUUGUUGACCAGCCAAUUUCACUGGAUAGAGUGCUGGUAAAAAACAUUGAUCAACUGAAUGCAACAGGCUGUGGAUUACGCAAUGCAUUUAUUAUAAUGCAUCAAAACCGAUACCAGCAAUGCAUAGGAGUCUUCAUUUUGCAAGCACAAACAGAAUCGAGCAAGAAAACAUGGAUUUUGGAAAUAGAAAAAGCAGCUGAGGCCCUAUCAAGGUCUGAAACUCGGAAACCAAGGAGUCAGAAUGCACCCUCAUGGCUUGAAUCUUCACAGAUUUAACAGAUGUGACUAGAUCCAGUUCAGACCUGCCAAGACCUUGCUCUGGGAAGAUAAAAAAAAGUGUAAUUUAGUUUUGUGAGAGUGUUACUUUGUCUGUGUAAUAUUGUACUUUUUUUUUUUAAAUAAAUGCAUUUGUUAUAAUUAUUUUUAAAGAAGCCACUAUAUGCAACUUCGAUUUAAGUUUGACAUUCAGAAUAUUUUUUUUAUUAUUAUUAUUAUUUUUUAACAACACAUCCGAUUUACAAAUACUGAAUAGAGGAAUCACUAAAGAAAGGUCCAUGUCAGUGACUGGGUUUGAAUGUGGCUUAGGUAAGAAGAGAAAGUAACAGUAUAUAGCCAGAAA